AUGCUGGCUCCCAUUUGUCUACUUUUGUGCUUUAAUUUCGCCUUGCUCGCUUCAGCGUGCACUGAUCCUGGUUAUGACUGUCGCCCAGGCCAAAGCUGCUGGCCUUCCCUGUGUGAAUGGCAGCACUUGAAUGCGAGUGUUGAUGGCCAUCUCCACGAAACCGUUCCGAUUGCUGCUUCCUGCUAUAAGAACUCUAUCCAUUAUGACGCAGCGGCUUGCCAGGAAGUCGCAGGUUACUACGGCGACAGUAUUCGUCGAGGGAAGCAGUUUGGACAAACAUACUGGUUAAACUGGGAGACUUGCCGCAAUUAUGGUUGUGCGUUGCUCGAAUCAAAUCCAAAAGAGACCACGUAUGGCGAUUGCUCCAUUGGAAGGCUAGCAUCGUAUUACGUUGACGUUCGAAAUGCUUCUCACAUAUCGGCAGCGAUUCACUUUGCAACAGCCCACAACAUUCGCAUUAGUGUGAAAAACACAGGGCAUGACUUUUUGGGACGAUCCUCAGUGCCAAAUAGCCUCGCCAUCUGGACUCGCCAUCUCGAUACGCUUAAACUCUCUUCCAAAUUCACUGCAGACAGCUGUCCUUCGGCAAACGGCCAGAAUAUCGGCGAGCUGGGAGCUGGGGUGGUUGCGGGUGAUGCUUAUCGCUUCUUCAGCGGUCAUGGCAUGGAUAUCGCUGGUGGAUACGAACAGUCGGUCGGACUGGCCGGUGGCUUCGCCCAAGGUGGGGGAGUCGGGUCGUUCACGACUACUCAUGGACUGAUGGCCGAUACCGCCAUUGAGUUUGAGGUGGUGACUGCCGACGGUGAAGUGCGCAUUAUCAAUAAGUGCAAUGACCCGAAGUUGUUCUGGGCCAUGCGUGGAGGAGGAGGCGGCACAUUUGCAGUCCUCACCAAGUAUCGACUGCAAGUGUAUCCCUCGCUGCCAAUCCAUGUGUACACCUUUACCGCCAGUUUUACCGACAUAAGCAAUGGCACUAAUGCUACAGCCAGCGUUGCUCUUCGCGAGAUCCUUACUGCUCAUGCGGAGAAUCAAAUCGCAUGGUCAGCCCAGCUGGUUACGGGCCAAUUUGAAUACUUUCCCGAGAAAAUUGCCCUCAGCUUGGUGUUGCCGUUCCGUGACGAUGGUUCCAAGUUGAAGUCUGCAACCUUGUCAAUGGCGCAGUUCCUGAACAAUAGAACAGACCUGUCAAUAUCAGCAAAUAGCUAUGAUUCUUACGCGAAUUACGCAGAAUAUCUGUCCGUCACUGCGGCUAAUGCCAAGAUCACUGAGCCGUCAGGCAUCUUCUCCGUACUCGCAAGCCGACUUAUUCCUCGCAAGGUUUUUGCUGCUCCCAAUACAAUUGAAGAGCUGGUGGAAGGCGUGAUACAUGGGAUUUCAACGGCGCGAAGUCUUCUGAAACUUACAGGUACCCAGGUUGUUCUGGAAACUCCAGUUUCCAAUCCCGACCUGAAUCAAUCAUCAUCUGCUCAUCCAGCUUGGCGCGGCUCCCUUUGGCAUGUAAUCCACGUGGGCGAGUGGCUGGCACCAAUGGAGGACAAUGUUCUGCAACGUGCUGCCGAUGGAUUCUUGAAGAUGCUGGACCCCCUCAAGAGAUUAAGCCCUGGUGGUGGAGCCUACCUGAAUGAGGCUCAUUAUUUGGAACCGCAAUGGCAGCAAACCUAUUUUGGUUCAUUCUAUGACAAGCUCGCGAAGGUCAAGGAACAUUAUGACCCUACCCAUAUUUUUGAUUGCUGGAAGUGUGUUGGAUGGAGGGGUGAGCAAGAGUAG